AUGCUUCGUGGAAGGUCGCUCCGUCUCGCACAGGUGUUACUCACUGUAGCCCCAGCGUUCAUCACCUACGGGUACAAUCAAUCCGGAGUUGCCCCGCUUGCCAGUCUGCAGUCAUGGGUCUCCACGUUUCCGGAGAUUGACACAACCAACACUGAAGGUGCGAUUAAGCAGAGAAACUCAACCAGGAAGGGUGCAGUGAUUGCAUCUCUUCAACUGGGAGCUCUUGUGGGAGCACUUUCGUGCACCUACUUCGGGGAUCGCUAUGGCCGACGGAAGACUAUUUUCAUGGCUGCUAUUAUCACUAUUAUUGGAGAGCUCCUGCAAACAUCUUCUUACGGAAUCAUCCAGUUUACGCUGGGCCGUGUUAUCCUUGGAUUCGGCAUCGGCCAGUUGAGCGCAACAGUUCCGGUAUGGCAAGCUGAAUGUAGCUCUGCCAAGGACCGCGGACAGCAUGUUGUGGUCGAUGGGAUUUGCAUGGUACUGGGCUUUGUGAUUACGAAUUGGAUUGAUUAUGGCUUCAGCAAGACUACUGGUGAGACACAAUGGCGGGUACCGUUAGCAUUAUCCUUCAUUUUCCCCCUCACCAUUCUCGGGUCCGUCUUCCUACUUCCAGAAUCACCACGGUGGCUCGCUUUUGUGUCUAGGAAGGAAGAAGCUAUGCAGAGUCUUGCAGCGUAUCGAGGUCUUCCCGUUGAUGAUGAAGCUGUACAAUCGGAGAUUGCUAGCAUAGAAUCAUCACUGGAACUCACAGCACAAUCAAAAAGCCUCACUCUGCGCGCGCUUUUCUCGGGAAAUGACGAGGAACGUCUUUUGUAUCGGUUUGGCCUCUGCCUAUUGAUACAAUUUUUCCAGCAAAUGUGCGGUGGCAACCUGAUAUCCACUUACAUCACCACGAUCUUUGAAGAGAAUCUCAAGUUGGAUGCAGAGUUGGCCAGCAUUCUUGGUUCGAGUGCACUCACAUGGAAAUUUGUCUGCAAUUUUAUCCCUUUCUUUACAAUUGACCGUUUGGGCCGGCGCAAGUUGUUUAUCUUCAGCGGAGCUGGCAUGUGUCUCUGUAUGACUGUCUUGGCUAUCACAACUAGCUUUGGCGAUGCCGGUACAAGCCUGUCAAUCGUCUCUGUGGUCUUCAUUUGGCUAUUCAACAUGUUCUACCCAAUUGGAUUCUCCGGGGCCAAUUUCCUCUACUGCACCGAAGUCGCACCGAUGCGUCUACGUGUUGCCAUGUCCGCUGCAUCGACAGCGAACAAGUGGCUUUGGAACUUCGUUGUGGUGAUGAUAACCCCUGUUGCUCUAGACACAAUCGGGUGGAGAUACUAUAUCCUCUAUGCCGUUAUUUCGGCUUGCAUUCCUGUUACUGUUUAUCUAUUUUACCCUGAGACGAUGGGGCGCAGUCUGGAGGCUUUGGAUAAUGUUUUCCGUGAUGCGCCUUCUCCGUGGCAUAUUGUGUCUAUAGCGAGGAACAUUCCCAGGGGGAUAUGA